GCUCUAAAGCCCAGACAUUCUGGGCAGCAGACAUAGUCCGCCUAAGGAGAGCGCUGCGGGGAGACCAGUGAUGGUUAUAGGCGAUGCUUGUAGUUGUUUAGGAGGGAGUGGCGAGUGGGUGCUGUGGCUCCGAUCCUUAGCAGAGCCCAGACUGUCCAGCCAAGCCAUUCUUGCCAGCGCCCGUAUCCUGAGUUAGGUGGCGAAAUGCUGAGGGGCUCUCCUAUUCGGGGGAAUGCGGUAGUGAUGUAUAAGGUAUGAAAGAUGUGGCCUGCAGAGAGCCGGCACUAUCUCUACUGCUGCUGCUGCUGCUGCUGCCACCGCUGCCGCUGCCGCCGCCACUACUGCUGUCAGUAGAGCUGCUGGGAGUGAGCCUCCCUUCUUCCAGAUACCCAGCUCCGUUGCGUAGUCCGCUCCCUGGCCCCGCACGGACCUCCCCGCCCCAGGGAACAAAAGCAGAGUCCGGUCGCCCUGUUCUGCAGCCAGAGGAUGAUGAGUCUAGAGCUCUGAACAGAGUGUGGUCUUCAGCGGCUGGAAGCUGCUCCCUGCCCUUUCUCCAUGAUUCCUGACUUGUGGCCCUGGCAAUCUCAGAAGAGCUUCACUGAAUUCCCUUGCGACCAGAACCUGGGGACUCGCUUCCCCCAGCAUCACCCCUGUGCAGCCUGGACACACUGACUGAACCAGUCUUUAGGACACUUCAUUCAGUAAGACAUGGUGGUGAACCAAGGCUCUACGUCUUCAUGAAUGAAAGACUCUUGCACAAGGCAAAGCACUCCGACAGAGUGAAUGACAUGUGCGGCCCGGGGUGUCCUUUCUGAAGGGAGGAGCCUUUCUCUUGGAGAGGAUCCUCGAUGAGCCUGGCCAAGGCCCGGGGUCUGUGUGAAGAGGACUAAGGAUUAAGUAGGAUGUCAACUGAGACAGAACUUCAAGUAGCUGUGAAAACCAGCGCCAAGAAAGACUCCAGGAAGAAAGGUCAGGAUCGCAGCGAAGCCACUUUGAUAAAGAGGUUUAAAGGCGAAGGGGUCCGGUACAAAGCCAAGCUGAUUGGGAUCGAUGAAGUGUCCGCAGCUCGGGGAGACAAGUUAUGUCAAGAUUCCAUGAUGAAGCUCAAGGGUGUUGUUGCUGGCGCUCGUUCCAAAGGAGAACACAAACAGAAAAUCUUUUUAACCAUCUCCUUUGGAGGAAUCAAGAUCUUUGAUGAGAAGACCGGGGCCCUUCAGCAUCACCAUGCUGUUCACGAAAUUUCCUACAUUGCGAAGGACAUCACAGAUCACCGGGCUUUUGGAUACGUUUGUGGGAAGGAAGGGAAUCACAGAUUUGUGGCCAUCAAAACAGCCCAGGCGGCUGAGCCCGUUAUCCUGGACUUGAGAGAUCUCUUUCAACUCAUCUAUGAGCUGAAGCAAAGAGAAGAAUUGGAAAAAAAGGCACAGAAGGAUAAGCAGUGUGAACAAGCCGUGUACCAGACCAUUUUGGAAGAGGAUGUUGAAGAUCCCGUGUACCAGUACAUUGUGUUUGAGGCUGGACAUGAGCCAAUCCGUGAUCCUGAAACAGAAGAAAACAUUUACCAGGUUCCCACCAGCCAAAAGAAGGAAGGUGUUUAUGAUGUGCCAAAAAGUCAACCUGUAAGUAAUAGCCAGCCGCUGGAGGAUUUCGAAGCGCGCUUUGCUGCAGCCACGCCGAACGGAAACCUGUCAAUGGACUUUGAUGAGCUUCUUGAGGCAACCAAGGCUGUGACCCAACUAGAACUUUUUGGAGACAUGUCCACCCCUCCUGAUAUAACCUCUCCCCCCACUCCUGCAACCCCAGGUGAUGCCUUUCUCCCGGCGCCAUCCCAGACACUUCCGGGGAGUGCAGAUGUGUUUGGCUCUAUGUCUUUUGGCACUGCUGCUGUACCCUCAGGUUAUGUCGCUAUGGGCGCCGUCCUCCCAUCCUUCUGGGGCCAGCAGCCCCUUGUUCAACAGCAGAUCGCCAUGGGUGCUCAGCCACCCGUUGCUCAGGUGAUACCAGGAGCUCAGCCCAUCGCAUGGGGCCAGCCAGGUCUCUUUCCUGCAACCCAGCAACCCUGGCCAACUGUGGCCGGGCAGUUCCCGCCAGCCGCCUUCAUGCCCACACAAACUGUUAUGCCUUUACCAGCUGCCAUGUUCCAAGGUCCCCUCACCCCCCUUGCAACCGUCCCAGGCACGAAUGACUCUGCCAGGUCAAGUCCACAGAGUGACAAGCCCAGGCAGAAAAUGGGGAAGGAAAUGUUUAAGGAUUUCCAGAUGGCCCAGCCUCCACCCGUACCCUCCCGAAAACCUGACCAGCCCUCCCUGACCUGUACCUCAGAGGCCUUCUCCAGUUACUUCAACAAAGUCGGGGUGGCACAGGAUACAGACGACUGUGAUGACUUUGACAUCUCCCAAUUGAACUUGACCCCUGUGACUUCUACCACACCAUCUACCAACUCACCUCCAACCCCGGCCCCUAGGCAGAGCUCUCCAUCCAAAUCAUCAGCUUCCCACGUCAGUGAUCCGACCGCAGAUGACAUCUUUGAAGAAGGCUUUGAAAGUCCCAGCAAGAGUGAAGAACAAGAAGCUGAGCCAGAGCCUCUCUAUGCGCAGAUCAACAGACCUAAGAAAUAGCAUCAAUGCGAGCUCAUGGUGGGUGCUUCAUGACUGACAUGGGAAUCCACAGUGCAACAGGCUCUCUUGGGCUCUCACUUCACCUCAUCCCACAGAAAAAACUCAACAAUCGCCCAGUGAAAUCGCCCGAAGAGGGAACAGAGUGUUUUUUGGCAACCAAUGGCAGAUACCUAUGGCAGCACAAAACAAAAUAAACAAACAAACAAACAAACCAAAACACAACACCCCAAAAAUGUACCUGAACAAACAGAACCCAACAUUAAUCACCAGUCAAGCCAACGCUUAACCAACAAAUACCUUGAGCUCUCUCAUCCAGGUCUAAGACACCCCUGGAUUUGAAACCGUUACUGUGUUUUCCUUUUGCUACCUGUUGACUACUGUAGAGACCACAGAUUGGAGUGGCAGGCAUCAGAGAAUUACGACAAGGUUGGCACGGACUUAUUUUAGGCCAAAGCAAGGGAUCCUCUGUGACCACAGUGUCAUCCUCCAUAUGCCUUCCGGCUGUGGCGACGUGCGUGCGUGGCGUCUCUCCACAGGGCCUGGUCUGCCAUCCUGUUUCCCCUGUCCUUUCUUUGUCAUGUUUGAGAAUUAAUGGGUGUACAAAUUUUUGUAUUGCUUUUGACUUUUUUAGAAAUGGGUGAAGAAAUCUAAAUGGGGAAGGGAAAGCCUCUUACGAAGUGAAUGAACUUGAAAUCGCAAAGCAAUUAAGUGGUUGGUGAUUCCAUAUGAUCAAGAAUGUUGCCAAAACAACUCUUUAGUUGUCCUGCAUCCUGGUGAAGAAAGAAGGCUUUUGGAUAGAACCUUCAUUCUGGGGGUAGCAAAGGACAUCAAAUCCCAUUGAUGAGAAAUAUGGAAAAUGCAUCCGGUUUCCUCAGAAAUUCUGAACUCUUGAGUACAAUAAAAUGAUGUCUUUAUUUUUCUGAUACUUCGCUGCUGUGAUACUAUGCAGACAAGUGUCUUUUCCAUGCGCCAUUUUCAAAGAAAAGUCAUUUGCCAAAUAAUUCUGGUACAAUUCUGGUAAUGAGGUUUUGGAUCUUAGAAACCAACUUUCUAAUGGUAACAUAAAUAUUCCAUGUAACAAACUGAUUCUGUGGUCAAAUGGUUCAUCUCUAUCUCUUUUUGUACAUCAGAAAAUUCAAAUGGGACUUUUUUUUUUAUUUUCUAACUUGAAAAGGAAAACCUUACCAUUAAACUCUUUAACUAUUUAAGGGAAAUGGCUUUAAGGAGUUCUAAUGAAAAAGAUCCUUUUUUUUUUUGUAAAUAUAAAUGUCAGUAAAGAUGCUUUUUAAUAACGCCAUUACACUGUAGAGAAGGUAGCAGAUGGAGCAUAAGGUACAAGGGACAUGAGGUGGGACUCCCGCGCCGGCCGUGUUUCUGGGAAGACUGGGAGGAAGCUAGAGUUCAGACACAGGCAGGAGCCCUGGGCCAAUAGCAGCUCGAGAACAGGAGGAGGUGGGGCUCCGCUCCAUAGUCAGUUUCUCUGGAGAGUUUUCACCCUCUACCCAACAGAAGAGAAAGGAAGCUCACAUGGGAAAGGUUUGACCUUCAGAUUUGAGAAGUCGCUCACUUCUCCACUCCCACUUACUCGCCCAUAAGUCACGGGACUGGUUGUAUGUGAACCAGAAGGAUUUUACUUCCUGAUUUUACACAUAUGGGACAAAGUUCUAGUGUUCAAUCCUAUGUUUAGCACACAGCUUUCAUAAAGAAUCUAUAUAUUUUUACCCUAUAGAGAACUGUUAUACAGGUCAGAUACGUUUUCCUGACUCUCCUAUGCAGUUACAUGUUGGAUUCAGUGGUUUAAGAAGGACACCCACAAGAAUCAUGUAAUUGGAUCUGGAAGUGAUUACUCUUACUAAGUUUUAAAACUUGAGAAGCCAAACUUCCCUUGCUAUAACUGGUUGAAAUGGGCCGGCAUGCUUUGGCUUCUUCCUAUCCAUAGGAAUUUAAAUGAUUUUGAAGGUGAUUGUAGAGUGAACUCUUCACACAAAAAUCGCAAUACAAUGUCAAAGUGAUUAUCGUCAUUUAGACUCCACAUUUCACACUGGAAUAUAAUUUUCCCAAACAGAUAAAUGAACCAUAUGUCCAUUAGAAAUUACUACCCUACUGUGGAAAUGCUACCCAAGAACUAGACAAGAAGGGUUGUCCAUCGCCCUCUGAAGCUGCUACCUGUUUGUACACGAUUCCUCCAGAAACAUGGGUCCAUGCUGUGAUGAAGUGACCCUCUUGUGUAAAGCAGAAAUGGGGAGGGAUAAUGGCCACAAAUUGUCCUGAAAGCGGUCCUGCUUCUCUGAAGUGUUCUCAAGAUAAGCGGUUGCCACGGGAAACAGCUUCAGUGGCUAUGGUGUCAUGGGGCUGGUGGUGCUGUCACCUCCCUCAGUGUGGCUGUCUGAGUUUGUCCAUCAGUGUCACACCUUUAUCCCCUUCCUUUGGGUUACCAUGACACGAAGUGAACUCUGGUGUUGCUGUUGUCGGGUGUACCAACCACAAUCAGUUUUCUAGCAGGGGGUGACAGCCCAGCCUGCUAGAGCAUCCCAUCCUUCACUGAGCAUGACUGAAGUCUAACUGGAUCGGAACUUAAGGAAGAUGCCCAGACGACACAUUCAAAUGAGUCAAGAUUUUAAACUGCCACCUAUAUUUUCAUUGGCAGAAUACUGUUUCUUUUUUCCUUCCCAAGCACCAUUUGGUAAAUUCAGAACCACUGUACCCCUCUCCCGGGAUUAUAGUGACAUGUCUGAACAGGAGCUGAGGUAUCAAUACCAAAAGAGCAUGGGGAGUCUGCACAGUUCCUCUUAGAUCGAUAGGAAGGUUCACUUGUACAAUGCCUGCUUCCUCAUCUUCUAUUAGCACUAAAUUCGUCACUUUAAAUUUUGAAACCAGGGAAACGCCACCUGUCAUUCUGUCCCCAUUCCCCAUAGCUCUUUGAUCUUUACAUACCACCAGACUUUUUUGGUAACUUGUAUCCAUCCCAGUGUCUGCAGAAACCCCAUCAUGUAAUGUACCGGGCACCUUCUUUUAAGAAAAUGUUUACUCAGUGGGUUUGGUUCCUUUCAAUUUCUGUGUUCUGACACCUAUUUUUUUAAUAAAGAUGAGAAAGAGAAAAUGACUGUUGCAGUACGUUUCUAGACCUACUUUACCUCAGAUGACAGUUUGUUAACAUAUAUGGACACAUUAUUUUUAACUUUAUGUACAAUACAUUCAACAGAACAGCAAAAUUUUUAGAAAUUUUCCAUUAAUUUCUGUAACACGCCAUGUAAAACGGUUACAAAUAAACACGUUUGAGAACAACA